UUUUCCCUUGUUGCCGGGGGAACAUCGAAAAGAAAGAACAUGGCUACAAAGCCUCCCGCCGUCGCCAUCCCAGGCCAGCUCCUCGGCCCGGCCUCGCGGUACCAGCCCGGCCCGGGCACCCACCUGCACGGGGCCAACCUGUACGCCUCGCUGCUCGGACAGGUGCACGUCAGCCAGCCGGCGCGCGCGCCGGGCCCGGCCAAGCGGCUGACCAAGAUCACUCCCGCCCCGGCGCCGGCCGAGCUGCCGACCAUUUCCGUGUCCGCCCCGCGCCUGUCGUCGUCGUCGUCGUCCCGGGUUGGUGGUGGCGCCGCCGCCGCCGCGGGGUGCGGGGCGGAGGGCGAGGGCAGGAGGAAGAUGAAGAGGGAGGUGCUUCCCGAGGUGGGCAACGUGGUGCUGUGCCGGGUGCUGCGCAUCACGCCGCGGCAGGCGGUCGUCGCGAUCCUCGUGUGCGGGGACACGGUGCUCGACGCCGAGUGGCAGGGCCUGAUCCGGGUGCAGGACGUGCGGGCGACUGAGAAGGACCGGGUCAAGAUCUACGAGAGCUUCCGGCCGGGGGAUAUUGUCCGGGCGGAGGUGAUCUCAUUGGGCGAUCAGACGAACUAUUACCUGUCGACGGCGAAGAAUGAGUUGGGAGUGGUGUUGGCCGUCAGCGAGGCGGGCAAUACUAUGCAGCCGGUGAGCUGGAAGGAGUUCAGGGAUCCCGAGACGGGAGCGAUUGAGUUGAGGAAGGUUGCGCAGCCGCAGCCGCAGCCGCAAUGAGGUCGUCCGCGCUGAUUUGGCUUCCACGUCUACCGCGAUUUCUAAUUCGGAGGGCUUGCGGCAAUGGCGGGAGCGUUGGUAAGGACUGUUGGUUCCUUGUCAACCACGCCGUUCCAGCAGGCCAUCCAUGCGCGACGCCGUCCGACACCGGCUGCGCGUU